GGAUGCGCACGCCCGGGGUGAGAUGGGGCAGAGCUGAUGGAGGGACCUGCCCUGGGGCUCCUGUGCCAGGGGGCUCUGCAGCCCUGCCGCUCUCUACUCCCACACACACGUGUAACACCACGAGGAGACAGAGUUUGGCAGGUCGUGGGUAACAUGGCACUGCAGAACAGGAGAGGAGCUAGCGCAGUGCUGCAGUGUAUACAUGCGUGAGAGGCUGGUGUAAGCAGGGAGACAAACCAGUGAGUCUUACAUAUUCUAAAUUAAUUUUGACAAAUGUACAUCUUGCAGAGGGUAGCUGAAGGGAGUCUGUUGGCGAUGCAGAGCUCCUGUAGUAUAAGCUUGUGCUGUGGUACCCUGCUUUCUAUUCACUCCUCUGUUUAACUUGGAGGCACGAUUUUCCAUUUACCAAGAUGUUACAUGAAUAAUAAAAAGGCAGGUUUUUGGGGCAUCCUUCCUUAUUUUUGUCCGGUGCUCUAGGAGCUACACAGAGGAUUCGGAAGAAUUGUGUGUAUGCCGUAACCUGCAAAGCAGCAGCCCAUGUAUGAUGUUGGAGGAAGAAAGAGAUUUUCAAGCAGCCACCUUCUGAGCCUCCAGCCGCAAUGGAGCAGACCUUCAUUAGCAGCAUGACCCCUCGUCACCUGUCAGCGCGAAGGACGGGCAUAUUGUAUUAGCAAACCUCACUCCAUUCUAUGACGAUUCUGUAACACCACCUGCCAUUGCAUAUCCCCCCUAUUAUACCAGUUUAGGAGUUGUGCACUGAAGAUUUUUGGCAUAUAUUAGCACUUCCAUGUGAUUGGCAGUAUACCACUGAAUUCAUUGCGGCUCCGCAUCUAUAUGGCUGUAGCUCUGUAAUUCAGGGCAGCGUUUCUGAGGGUUUAUCUGCAUUUUGGUCCAUCUCCUGCCUAGAUAAGUCCAUGACCGUUCUGUUGUUGCAAACAGGGAAAGGGAAGGGUGAGCACUGGUGAAACAAGUGUCAGAAAUAUUAGUUAGAACUGAUAAUAAUGAAGCUGUUUUCUUAACACUGAAAGAAGGUGGUGUAUGGAAAGUUGCAUGCGCUGAACCACUCGAGUACAACAGUGAACUGCUUGCUCUUUGCUUCAUAAAUUAUCUUAUUAGGAUAAUUUUCUUGCAGAGAGUGUGUGUGUGUCGGCAUCUAUGAAAUACCAAAUAACCGAAGUAACUCACGGUUAAGCAACAGAAAAAUAAAUGGCCACGGAUUUGAGAGCAUUGAAAUACACAUUCUGACAAGUCAUCCUGGUUCUAGUCUUCUCUGGAUUUGAGUUUACAAAGUUUCAGCCUGGCUUCAGGCAGUUAUGCGGUGGUCCGGUUUUAUUAUCUGAUGGUUCAGACUGCAUUAUCUGUCAGUGAAAUUUGAAGUUGGCAGCUGAUGUCACCUGGGAAGAGAUGUGGUCUGUAAAAUACCUGAAGUCCAAACCACUAAGGGGACAACAUUAAGAAAAAUGGAACAAGAGAGCUCCUGCCUGGUUAAAAAAGCCCAAACCCACAAAAAACCGAAAAACAAACCCCAUGGUUAUAAACUCUCAGGCAGCUUCCCUAGGAAGAGAAAUUGAGACUGGUGCUUGGCAAAGGCGGGGUGGCGAGUGUGCCCUCUGAACUCUUCAGGCACAUUUUCGCGCCUUGGAGGGUCCCGCUUUCAAUCGCCCGCGGCUCGGCCGGGCACAGGGCGGCAGCCCCGGCCGGUCCCGCCGGUCACGGAGUCCCCGCAGCCCCCGCCCGCUGGGAGCGCAGUCCGGGCCGCGGCUCCCGCGGAGACCCCCGGGCAGAGGGUGCCGGCGGCUCCUGCCGCAGCACCAGCGUGGUUUGGUUUGGGUUUCUCAGCUCCGAUCGACCCUGGCAAGGGUGCCGCCAAAAAUCUGCCCCUCCCGAGAGCUGCCCGCGGGACUGAGUCACUGAGGGAAGGCAGGCACCGAGAGACGGAUGGGGAGGUGAACGCCUUCCACGCUCUUUUGCUGAUUAUCUCCGGCAUUACGGCUCCCAGAUAAAAUAUUUAUUUACUAAAGAACCCGUAAACAUCGCGGCAAAUACAUUAGGGCACUUCGGCUGCGGGGCUUAUGAUUAUUUCAGAAGUUAAAAGAGAUGAUAGCGGCCGCUGUCAGCGGGGACGGAGGGUGGAUUUUCCCCCGCGAAACAGGCACGGGUGGGAAGGGUGGGGGCGAUGCGCCGGGGAUCGCUCAGCGGAGCCGGGGAGAGGGACUGCGCCCCGCCGGGGACAACGGCGGGGGUGAGCUGAGGGCAGCGGCCGCCCGGCCCCGCGCUCCCCCGGCCACCGCUCCCCAGAGCGCCCCGGAGCCGCUCUCCUCCCUGACGCACAAAGGUGGGCUACACGCACGCAAUAUUUGGGGAAUCGCAGGGCUCGGGUUUAUCUUCCAGCCGUAGUCACAAAAAAAUUUUAAAAAGCUAGAAAGGUCACAUAAUAAUGAGCUCUCACAGCAAACACACUCUUCCCUUCCCCCUUUCCCUUCCUUCUAUCUCACAAUAAAAUCAUCUCCUUCAAUUUGCCAUGAUCGUCGCGACCAGGAGCCAGGUGAUUAUCCUAAUUAAUGUCUAUCUAAUUAAAUUACUGUCAGCUGUUAACCAAUGGCAGAAGCCGUUUCAUCCUCUCCACAAGCAGCAAGAUCAAAAGUGAGUCUUUCCUGAUUGCUGCAUAGUGUCAAUUGGCCAAUCUCUUCUCCCUGGGAAGGGAGGAAAAAAAAAAAAAAAAAAAAAAAAAAAAAAAAAAAAAAAAAAAAAGUAAAUCAAACGUUUGGGAUGCAUUUGGUAGAUGAAGUGCUUUCUGCCUAGUGUGGGUCCCAGGAUGUCUUGCUUCUGAUACUAAGAAGCCCUUUCAGAUCCAGGGACUGAAGGGUUAUUACUGUGGUGCUAGAGCUAUGCAGCUGGAGCAUUGUCUUUCUCCCUCUAUCAUGCUCUCCAAGAAAUUUCUCAAUGUGAGCAGCAGUUACCCACAUGCAGGCGGAUCUGAGCUUGCCUUGCAUGAUCAUCCCAUUAUCUCGACCACUGACAACCUGGAGAGAAGUUCACCUUUGAAAAAAAUUACCAGGGGGAUGACGAAUCAGUCAGAUACAGACAAUUUUCCUGACUCCAAGGACACACCAGGGGACGUCCAGAGAAAUAAACUCUCUCCCGUCUUGGACGGGGUCUCUGAGCUUCGUCACAGUUUCGAUGGAUCUGCUGCAGAUCGCUAUCUGCUCUCUCAGUCCAGCCAGCCCCAGUCUGCUGCCUCUGCUCCUAGUACCAUGUUCCCUUAUCCCAGCCAGCAUGGACCUGCACACCCAGCCUUCUCCAUCGCCAGUCCCAGCCGCUACAUGGCUCAUCAUCCUGUGAUCACCAACGGAGCUUAUAACAGCCUCCUGUCCAACUCUUCUCCGCAAGGCUACCCCACGGCGGGCUACCCGUACCCCCAGCAGUAUGGCCAUUCCUACCAAGGGGCACCUUUCUACCAGUUCUCCUCCACCCAGCCGGGGCUGGUUCCCGGCAAGGCUCAGGUCUACCUGUGCAACAGGCCACUCUGGCUGAAAUUUCACCGGCACCAGACGGAGAUGAUCAUCACGAAGCAGGGAAGGCGCAUGUUCCCUUUCCUAAGCUUUAAUAUUUCUGGUCUCGACCCGACGGCUCACUACAAUAUUUUUGUGGAUGUAAUUUUGGCGGAUCCCAAUCACUGGAGAUUUCAGGGAGGCAAAUGGGUUCCUUGCGGCAAGGCGGACACCAAUGUACAAGGAAACCGGGUGUAUAUGCAUCCCGACUCCCCCAACACGGGAGCCCACUGGAUGCGUCAGGAAAUCUCCUUUGGGAAACUAAAACUUACAAACAAUAAAGGAGCAUCAAACAACAACGGGCAGAUGGUGGUUUUGCAGUCCCUUCACAAGUACCAACCUCGCUUGCAUGUGGUGGAGGUGAACGAAGACGGGACGGAGGAUACCAACCAGCCGGGCAGAGUUCAGACAUUCACGUUCCCCGAGACGCAGUUCAUUGCCGUCACCGCCUACCAAAACACCGAUAUCACACAGCUGAAAAUAGAUCACAACCCUUUCGCAAAAGGAUUCCGAGACAAUUAUGACACGAUCUACACGGGCUGCGACAUGGACCGGCUGACGCCUUCCCCCAACGACUCGCCCCGCUCGCAGAUCGUGCCCGGGGCCCGCUACGCCAUGGCCGGCUCCUUCCUCCAGGACCAGUUCGUGAGUAACUACGCCAAGUCCCGCUUCCACCCCGGGGCAGGAGCCGGCCCGGGGCCCGGCGCCGACCGCAGCGUGCCCCACACCAACGGGCUGCUCUCCCCACAGCAAGCCGAGGACCCGGGGGCCCCCUCGCCGCAGCGCUGGUUCGUCGCCCCCGCCAACAACCGCCUCGACUUCGCCGCCUCCGCCUACGACACGGCCACCGACUUCGCCGGCAACGCGGCCACGCUGCUGUCCUACGCGGCCGCGGGCGUGAAGGCGCUGCCGCUGCAGGCGGCCGGCUGCGCCGGGCGGCCGCUGGGCUACUACGCCGACCCCUCGGGCUGGGGGGCCCGCAGCCCCCCGCAGUACUGCAGCAAGUCGGGCUCCGUGCUCUCCUGCUGGCCCAACAGCGCGGCGGCGGCGCGCAUGGCCGCCGGCAACCCCUACCUGGGGGAGGAGGCGGAGAGCCUGGCCCCCGAGCGGUCCCCCUUGCCGGGCGCCGAGGACUCCAAGCCCAAAGAUUUGUCCGACUCCAGCUGGAUCGAGACGCCGUCGUCCAUUAAGUCCAUCGACUCCUCCGAUUCUGGGAUUUACGAGCAGGCCAAAAGGAGGAGGAUCUCCCCCUCGGACACCCCGGUGUCCGAGAGCUCCUCGCCCCUCAAGAGCGAGGUGCUUACCCAGCGGGACUGCGAAAAGACCUGCGCCAAGGACAUCGGCUAUUACGGCUUCUACUCGCACAGCUAG